AUUCUUUUUUUUGAGGUAAAUUGCUACCCUUCCUCUGGCGCGUUUCUAGGCCUCUAUUCGAGAACGACUAGCCUAGAUGAAGGAGGAUUUGCAGAGCUUCGUGAGCAUUACUCAAGCUGAUGAAGACAUCGCCAGGCAAUUUCUCGAGGGCGCUCAAGGUAAUUUAGAAAUGGCAUUAGAACAAUUCUUCGAAAAUCCGAACAAGUAUCCCACAGAUUCAAAAGAUAACCACGUUGAUUCCGAGUACUGUCGUCCACCCAUACAGCCAGUCAAGACAUGUCUUCUCGACGAUUCAGAUUCGAUAGACUACGUGGUUUCCUCUAGGCAGUUCAAGCGUGGGUCCAAACGGCGCAUGGACAACAACAGAACCAUCUUCGAGGCGUUUCGAGAUUUUAGAAGCGAGCGAGAGUCGUUAGAUUCAGGUACAACUCGAAAAGGGAAGGCGAGCAACUUGGCCGAGUUGUUUCGCCCGCCGUUGGAACAUCUUUUCACAGGGACGUUUGAGGAGGCCAAGAAGUAUGCCGCUGGACAGCACCGGUAUUUGAUUGUCAAUUUACAGGACCAAACGCUUUUUGAUUCUCAGCUGUUGAAUCGAGACACUUGGUCUAACAACGAAGUGCAGGAGCUUUUGGAGACUUCUUUCGUUCUGAUGCAGAUUUACGAGGGCACAAAUCAGGCGUCUGAUUAUACUCGCUGGUACCAGGUGUCGAGACUGCCUCACAUUGGGGUUUUAGACGGUCGAACAGGAGAGAGAGUGCUCUCAUUGGACGGGUUCACGUCGGCUCAGAAACUGGUGAUGGUGCUGCAGGAGACUUUACUGGCUUAUCCGGAAGACGUCAACUAUACGAAGUUGCUGAAGGAGAGAGGCAAGCAGCAGUUGGUGGAGAAGGAACCCAUUUUGGUGGAUAGCCCGAGUCCGGAUCGACCGCCGAGUCUGUUUAUUGGAGACUCGAUUAAGAGUGAGCCUAAAAAGGAGACGCAGGGAAAGCAGAGGCCGAGGAAAGAUUCUUACGAUUCGUCGUCGUCUUCAAAGAGAAACAAGGUAGAGAAGCAGGUGGAGGUGCAGAACAUGUUCGAUUCGACUGAAAUAGAUGAGGAUCCAUCGCUAUUGGAUUGUACUUUACAGAUAAGACUCCCAGAUGGAGAACUGCUGAUAAAAAAGUUCAGAAGCACAGAGAAGUUGAAGGCCGUCCAUGCAUUUGUUUCGAAGAGGGUAUCGAAGACAUCAUUUUCCCUAUUUACUAAUUUUCCUCGGAGAGUUUUUUCGGAGCAGGAGUUGCUGACGGUGACGCUAGCUGAAGCCAAUUUGGUGCCAAGAGCCGUGUUGAUCGUCAAGGAGACUUGAGAAGAGCCCAAAUACAGCAGAAGAGCGUGUCCCGUCCGUUCGUUGUUUUUUUUUUGUCGUCAAAGGGCAAGUUAAACGGAAAUUCCCCGUUUGGUUUUUACGAGUGCGAUGGCCAAGAGUCAAAGUGCUGUGGUGGCAUCCGAGGCCUCGGAUAUGAGCAAGAUCGACAGAGACGUGGAGGUCUCGAUCGCGAGCGACUCAAGAGAGGCGUUCCUGCGCUUCACGGAAAGACAGAAACAACUGAAGAAGCAAGAAAAGGAAAAGAAAGAGUGGCUCGCUGCGAUAAGCGUCUCCGCCGAGCACGUUAAGUUGCUUGCCACCGAACUCGAAUUGACCUUAGACGUCGCUGAGAACUUGUUGAAGCGGAAUGGCGGUGAAUUGAAAGCGGCCAUUCAAUCUUUCUUAGACGAUAUAUGAAAAAAAAAAAAAUAAAAAAAAACAAAAAGGAUUUAGCGACAAAA